AUGCCUAUCUUCAGAGACCAUCCACUCACAUCAGUGACAGUCAAGAUCAACCAGAUCGUGCUGUCGCACCGUGACGACAUCGACGACUCACCAGAGCUCUUCUUGAAGGACUUGCUCGAGUUGAUUCGGCUCCAAUCGCUGGGCCCUCCCGAGGCUGCCAGAGCCAUGCGCAAAAAGAUCAAGUACGGAGACUACAAGGAGCAGCUCCGAGCGUUACAGGUGUUGGAGUUGUUGAUCUCCAACCUGGGGCCCAAGAUUGGGCCUGUGAUUGCGCGAGACGACAAGCUCAUUGAUGUGCUCAAGGGCAUAAUAAACGGUACUGGCAGGACCGGCGACGGAAACUCGUACCCCAAGGACGUGCAGGUGCAGGCCCAGGGCAUGGCGUUGGAGUGGAAAUCCGAGUUGUCGGACUUGGAAGGCUACAAGUACUUUGCCGUGCUCUGGAAGCAGAUCCCCAAGUACAAAAAAGCCCACUCCAGAACAUCGUCCAGGCACGUCGAGCCCAGAGAGGAAACCAACGUGUUCGACUCCGAACUUGACAACGCCCCUCGUGUCUCGUCGCGGCCCACCUCGCCCCCACCGCCCUCGCCUCGCCUCCAGUCUCCCAAAGCAGCCCCUCCACGCCCCACACCCUCCUUCAACAGCUCCAGAGAGUCCAGGAGACGCAAGUCCAAGUCGAAGCGCUCCAAGCGCAAAGGCACCAGAUACGCCGAUGACGAGUACAAGAUCCCUCAAAUCAACUACUCGGUGGAGGCCCCCAAAAUCAGAAGUCUCAUCGCCAACACCCAUACCAAUUGCACGGCGUUGGGCAACCUCUUGCUUCAACUCCCACAAGGAGAAUCGCCUUUAGAGGACAAGAAGUGCACCGAGGUGUUCGAGAAGUGCAGAUCAAACAGGAGAAAGGUGUUGCGCUACUUACAAUACGUCGGUGCAGGCGGAAGCGACAAGCCGGCCCUGGUUGUCGCCAUGGAUGAAGAGUUCUUGGGUAGUCUUAUCACUGCAAACGAGCAGCUCGUGGAGGUGUUCAAGAAAUUCGACUUCCAAUGUGGUUACACAGACACCAACCCUGCUCCUACCUAUGAUGAUGAAGAAGACAGCGAUGAAAGUUACUACACCGAGUCGAGUGAAGGCGAAGAGGAGGACGAUGAUGUCCAGUCUGCUGCCCAUAGAUUACAUGAAGUCACUGUGGGUUCAUCAAGCUCGGCUGGCAAAAAAGUCCCACCACCCAGACCAAGCAAGCCUUCCCAAUUAGCAUUCACCAGACCGACCCUUUCUAAGACAGACACCAAUGCUAGCACUGCUAGCGACCCUUUUGGAGAUAGUAAGGGGGUAUCUAAAUCCGUUUACGACUAA